AUGCAUGUUCAGGAUAUCUGUGCUAGAGCCAACCGUCUCUUGGGAUUUAUACUGAGAUCAACUACAGGGCUAACCAGCCAAAAAGCUCUUAAACUGUUGUAUUGUGCCCUGGUCAGACAGGUCCUGGAAUUCUCUGCAGUCGUCUGGUCUCCUUAUCACACUGGUUUAAUCUCAGACUUACAAAAAAUCCAAGAUAAAUUCGUCAGAGUGGUGGGAGUGCGUCAGGGUAUGAAUUAUCGUGAGGUCCCAGUCAAUUUAAUGUCGAAGGAGCUCCAACUAUCUCCACUAGUGGUCCGCCGGAAGCUGCAAGAUGCGCUGCUCCUCUUCAAGUUGAGCAAUGAUGUAAUUAAAUGUCCUGAAUUGCUACAGAAGAUUAAUUUUCGUGUGCCAUCUGGUACAAGAUCUCAACAGCUGUUCUGGAGAAACCACAAUCCUACCCCUAUGACUGGAACUGCUCCUUGGCCCGGAUCCAGAGAGUCGGCUGCGCUAUCUCCAGCUCGGUAG